AUGUUGUCGUCGCUUAUAAAGGAACACCAAACCAAACAAGCAGCUAAAAGAGUAUUACAAGAACAAAAACGCAAGGAAUGCAUUACUGCUGCUAAUGAUUUAACUCAAGCUCUGGUUGACCAUCUUAAUGUUGGAGUAGCUCAAGCUUAUUUAAAUCAAAAGAAACUAGAUGCUGAAGCAAAAUUGCUUCAUCAAGGUGCAAUAAAUUUUGCUAAACAAACACAACAGUGGCUUGCACUUGUGGAAAACUUUAGUAGUGCUCUUAAAGAAAUAGGGGAUGUGGAAAACUGGGCUCGGAGCAUUGAAAAUGAUAUGAAAAUUAUAACCGACACUUUGGAAAGAGCGUAUGAGACUGCACAAGAAAAACCAAGUACUAGCAAA